CGCCCACCGAACACAACAAAAGAUGGGCUCGGCGACCCAACACCACCGCCGACUGCUGUCCUUCCGGAACCCUCGCCGUCGCACCCUCGACGCCGCCGGGGCGGUUCGCCGGAGGCCAUGGACCACGAAAGGUUGAAUUCGCCGAGCACGUCGGCCAUUUCGCUGGAAGUGAUGGGCCACCGGCUGCAUAUUUCUCAGGAUCCCAACUCGAAACACCUUGGUACCACAGUCUGGGAUGCAUCAAUGGUGUUCGUCAAGUUCUUGGAAAAGAAUAGCAGAAAAGGUAGGUUUUGCCCAUCCAAGCUGAAAGGAAAAAAGGUGAUUGAAUUAGGAGCUGGCUGUGGUCUAGCUGGGUUUGGAAUGGCAUUGCUGGGUUGUGAUGUUGUUACAACUGACCAAGUCGAGGUGCUCCCGCUGCUCAUGAGGAAUGUUGAACGCAAUAAAUCGUGGAUUUUGCAGUCAAACUCUGACUCAGGUUCUCUCGGCUCAAUUACUGUUGCAGAAUUGGACUGGGGCAACAAAGAACAUAUCAGGGCUGUUGAGCCUCCAUUUGAUUACAUCAUUGGAACUGAUGUUGUUUAUUCAGAACAUCUUCUGCAACCUCUGAUGGAGACAAUUACUGCAUUAUCUGGUCCUAGAACAAAAAUAUUGAUAGGAUAUGAGAUCCGUUCUACCACAGUCCAUGAAAAGAUGAUGGAAAUGUGGAAAAGCAAUUUCAUUGUGAAAACUGUCUCUAAGUCAAAGAUGGAUUCAAAAUACCAACAUCCUAGCAUACAUCUCUACAUGAUGGACCCCAAAACACCAUUGAUCGCUGAAGCUGGGGUGAGCGAUAAUGGAAACGAAGAGGAGGAGGACGUCUCCAAUCGUGGGGAAGACGAAGAUCCUGAAGUGAGGAGUGGAUCUAGCUCUGGCUCAUUAGAAGCUACAAGCGGCAGUUUGGAUGGUUGGGAAACCAGAAGAUGUGGGGCUAUGGCUGCAAGGCUACUGAAGGAUGUGAAACUAUAGCAUGAGCUUUGGCUCCGAAUUCUUGCUCGGUUGAGGUCGUUGUUUGUUGACCGUGUAUUAAGAGGAUAGCAGGUGUUCGAUGUUGCAUUCGAUCAUUUAGAUUCGACAUUGUUCUGCUGGGUAUCGCACAACCCAAUUUAUCGCCCCUUGUUUUCUAUGAUAAUAGUUGAUCUGUACUGACUUAUGAUAUGUCCUCUUGAAAAGAAGUUGGCUAGUCCUUACUGGACCUUUGCUCUCUUUGAUAUGGGAGCCGGA